AUGAAUUUUGUUUGGACACAGUGUGUUGAUAAGGAGACCCAACAGGAUAUAACACGCGGAGAGUAUCCGAACAAGAAGCGGAGGACUGCCUAUAAGAAGAACAGGAGGAAGUUUGACAAUCAGAUAUCAUUCUUGUUCAAGAUAGAUGAUGGAUACUAUCCAAAUGUCAAGGUAUUCCAGAAUGGGAAUAUACAGAUGACGGGAUCUAGAUCAUUUGAGGAUACAAUCCCAGCCGUGGAGGCAAUCUUGAGAGAGAUACAGAGCAUUGCAAUGAAGGAUAUACAGAUUAUAUCUAUUGAUUACAAGAAGAUAAAGUAUGAUAAUUUCAAGGUUAGGCUCAUUAAUACGGAUUUUAGGGUAUAUCAGGAUCCGGAAAUGACCGAGAGGUUCUAUUUGAAGCGUAAGGAGCUGCAUAGGCUUCUUAUUGAGAAGAAUGAGAUCAUUGCCUGGUUCAAUGCAAAUACCUAUCCUGGUGUUAAGAUUGAGUAUUGGUGGAACAAGGACAAUCCUGACAAUAAGGGAAAAAGAGAUCUAUCAAAGCCUGUCCCAACCAAGGGUGUGAUAAGCGAUAUAAAAAAGAUAACAAUUGCAGUGUUCGAGAGUGGGAGCAUACUCAUCACAGCAAGUGAUCCCGUGUGUGGUAUCGAUAUAAUCAUUUAUGCUGUUGUUUCCAGUUCUUGUAUAUCCGGGUAUUUGCCAGGGAACACUGAAGUGUUUCAUGUAUUCCUCGGCUUCAGGGGUGAUAUGCUUAGGAUAUUCAUUGGGAUCAACCUUGCCAACAUAAAUCCCACGCCCAUCAUCUGCUGGUGGUAUAUUUACAUCUGA